AUGACCGAAGCGCCGUCGGAUACUUCAGAUGAGCAACGAUUCGAUGAAAUGUUCAUUCAUCUGACGCCACGCGGGGCUACCGUGCCGUACAACGUGUGCUACGAUCCACAAGACAACAUUUGGGUGGCCACUAAAGGCGGACUUUUCAAAUUCCAUGGGAAAACACGAAAAACGAUGUGGGAGCGGAAGAACGUGUUUCCCAAAAAGAUGGCGCCAUUUCCACAAGUUAUCUGCCAUAAAAAUCAGAUUAUCUAUACAUGUGGUGAGCAUUCCGACAAAACCACCGAGUUUCGAAUUUUCACACUUGACGGUGAACUCAAGCACGAAUCAUUUAUAGAUGGACUAUUAGUUUCUAUGACAAUUUCUGAUGAGGGUGAAAUGUACAUCACCAAACAGCCGACAAGCAGCAAAUCGACAAUCUACAGGACCUCUCUCGACGCCCCAAUUGGAUGGGAUGAAGUAAUCACGAAUGAAUCCGGCGAAGGAUUCUACGCAGUCUGCUCAAUUGAUGAGGAUACAUUGGUGGCGGCGAUGGCGCAAAUGCCACUUCAUCCAUUUUCGAAACAAAGAUUGGUUUAUAUCGAUAUUCCGAGCGGAAAAAUUAAAAAGUCGGUUUCGUCGGCGGGACGAAACGACGGCGAAAUUUUCUUUCCGCGAAAUAUUUUAAGGCAUGGCGACGGAAUUGUUCUGAUGGACAAAUCUGGCAGAUUUUUGGAAUUUGACGCCGCUGGAAAUUUCGUGAAAACUCGCGCCCAAAUUGACGCGUUUCUCGGAAAUGGAUUCUGCAUUAAAGACGAGCGAGCUCUAAUCGCUCUCAGCGGAGUGGUUAUGGAUCAAGAUCGACGAACAAUUUGCGAUGAUUGGCUUGAAUUCAUUGAUCUCGAUGGUUCCACGUGGAAAGCUCAACGCGAAGCGAAAAAAGCCGAAAAGUCGUCGAAAUAA